CGCAGCACCUCCACCACUCAAAGAUCGUCAAUUGUUCCCCAUGGCCGCAGCUGAGGGCGUGAAGACGUUUGUCGUCGAACACUUGGACCCCGAGCUUGAGGCCUGGUCGUCCCUCGAAUAUGCAGCAAUCGCGACAGAAUCUUCCAAAUCUGGCGUGGAAUUCCUACUCUCCUCCGUCCCUGAGAGUUUGAAGCUGCCGGAAAAUUUGCACAAUGUUCAGGGUUUAAAAAUUGAGCACAGAAGCAUCGAGACAAUAUACGCAGACCGCAAGGGCAAGGUGUGCUUGCUGGACCCCUCAGCGACCAAGGAGUUGAGCCCAGAGGAUGGAGACACUUUUCAGAUUUUCUUGUUUGGAGGCAUUCUAGGAGAUGAUCCGCCUAGAGAUCGUACAUCGGAACUACGGAAGAAGGGGUAUGAGGGUCGACGAUUAGGCCCUGUUCAGAUGACCACCGACACUGCGGUUCGUGUUACUCGGAUGAUUGUUCAAGACAAAAUUCCCCUAGAGAGCAUACCGUAUGUCGAUCAUCCUGAACUUAGGAUCAAUAAGCAUGAAAGCACCGAGAUGCCUUUCCGCUACGUGAAAAGCCAAGAUGGCAAGCCAAUCAUGCCUGAAAAGGGUAUGGUAGAACUUAUUAUGAAAGAUUCGGAACGGGGGUUCGGCGAUCUUCUCUAGGAGCAGGACGUAGGUUCAAGUGCGAUAUAGUCUAUAUAUCUCACAAUACGUGG